AUGACUGACGAGGAUAAGUAUUCAGCAAAAUCCAAAUCAUUAAAUUGCGACGAACAACCAAUGGGCUUAGAAAAAGCAACACCAAUUACAAAAAUGGAGAGAAAAGACUCAACAACAUUGACAUCAAUUGAUUCUCCUAUCCGUCAUCGUUCUCUAAACAUUAUUGACAAAUUUCGUAAAAUAAGACGUGAUUCACUAAAAUUAAAUGAUGGUCAUAAAAAGACAUUUGAAGAAAAUGACCAUAAUGCAUUGCAUAUGCCAAAAUUAUUUCCAACUCUAUCGUUACUGGGUCGACCAACGUUAACAACAUCGAUGGAUUUAAGUUCCAUUUCACUUGAAGAUAGAAGACUUAAAGGAAUAUUAAAAAAAUCAGUGCAAACGUCUUCGUGUUCAGAUUUAACUAAAGAGUUAUUGAAAAAUCAUAAUUUCCUUCAACGUCAUGAUUCAGUCAAUGAACACGAUCGUAUAAAAACUGAUAGGGAAACUAGUGUUCAGUUUUUAUCUGUCAAUAGUGAUAACGGUAAUCAAGAUUCACGACCAAGUUCUCCUAAAGGUUCGAAACAUGUUACAUUUGAUGAGGAAGUAUCCGAAGAUAGAUAUCCACCAAUGGAACUAAGUUUUAGUCCUACAGAACCGUUAUCAUUUUCUGAAAUAGAAGAUUCAAAUGCAGUUCAUCGAAAAGAUUCAUUACAGUUACGCUCAAUGCCUUCAAGAAAAACCUAA